AAAAUAUUUUUUUUGCAACCAAAGUCAUCACAUCCAGAGCUAUGGCCAAGCUUUAUUUUUUCGCCUCCGUAGGAGUUUUAUUUUUAAUUUCCUUUGAACCAUCUUUAUUGAUUCAAUUGGAUGACACUUAUUAUGCUUACCAAACCAAUCUAACGUUCGUUGAAGCUUUAGGAGCAUGUAAAGAGCUUGGGAUGGAUUUACUAAGGAUCAACAGUGCAAAUGAGAGUACUUACAUUCACACUAUAAUGGCUGAUGCUGAUGUAGCAAUAUCAGGAAUUGGAUACUGGAUGGGAGGACUUUACUUAAACACUGGUGCCUGGGUGUGGAUAGAAACAGGAGUACUUCUGAAUUACACAAAAUGGGGAGCAAAUGAACCAAAUGUCACGGCUACUGGUGAUUACUGUCUUCAAUUAGGGAAAGACAAUGACGGUAAAAGUACUAUCAAUUGGCAAGCAAAAUUUUGCACCGCUAAUCGCUAUUACAUUUGCCAACAGAGUUAAAUUUGUAUCAUGAUGUUGGUUGCAUUAACAAGAAUAUUGUAACAAAUAGAAAUCAUUAAAAAAUUUGUGAAUUC